AUGGCUGUCUCAGUUGUUCGCCUGAUGGUUGUCCUGGGACUAAGUGCCCUAAUCCUGACCUGCCGGGCAGAUGACAACCCAGAUGAUAAUGACAAACGAGAUGAGAAAUCAGACAAUAAGCCCGAUGACUCUAGUAAAAAUCCACAGCCAGGGCUCCCCAAAUUCUUAAGCAUGCUGGGGUCGGAGAUCAUUGAAAAUGCAGUGGACUUCAUCCUUCAUUUCAUGUCCAGGGGAUUAAGUUUUAUGAAAUUUGGAGGUGAAGGUGACCCUGGAAAGCAACCUUCAAAAUCUCCUAAGGUGAUUUUACCUUAA